UAAAGAGAAAACAUGCCUGCCUCCCUGUAACGCACUUGGCGCACGUUAGCAUGUACGCCGAGGCCCCAAAACAACGGGUACGAUGAGUAGUGAGCUCCGAUCCAGCAAAGCCAAGAAGACUGCCAAACCCUCCUCUCCUUCUUCCACCAACUUCCCCCAUGCCCGCCGCCGCCGCCAAAUCCUAACCCAAUUCCUCUCAAUGGCGCGAAAAUCCUCGCUCCUCAAGCAAUCCCUCGCCACCAUCGUCGGCGUCCUUGUCCUCUACGCCUUCCUCAACAACUUUCUCACUCCCGCCGCCACUUCCAAGCUCGAGAACGCCUUCCCCUCCUUCUCCUCCGCCGCUUCCAAUUCGAUCUCCGACGUGUUUGUUUCCCGGGAAAAUCAGCUUAAUUUUCCCGGAAAGCCCGUCAAAGUGUAUCUCUACGAUCUCCCGAAGCGUUUCACUUACGGAGUCAUCAAGCAUCACUCGUUAGCCCGCGGCGGCCGGCCUGACGACGACGUUUCGAAGCUCAAGUACCCGGGUCACCAGCACAUGGGCGAGUGGUACCUGUUCCAGGACCUGCUCAAACCCGAAUCGGAACGGGUCGGGUCUCCAGUCGAGAAGGUAUUGGAUCCGGAAGAGGCAGACUUGUUCUACGUGCCGUUCUUCUCGUCAUUGAGCUUGAUUGUUAACCAGGCCCGACCGGCCUCCGGGUCGGAGAAGCCGUUGUACAGCGACGAGGAGAAUCAGGUGGCGUUGAUUGAAUGGCUGGAGGCGCAGGAGUACUGGAAGAGGAACAAUGGCCGAGACCAUGUGAUCAUGGCUUCGGACCCCAAUGCUCUGUACAAAGUGAUUGACAGAGUGAAAAACUGUGUGUUGCUUGUUUGCGAUUUCGGGCGGUUGAAGGAGGACCAAGGAUCGCUUGUGAAGGACGUGAUCGUGCCUUACUCUCACCGCAUCAACAUUUACACCGGGGAUAUCAGCGUCGAAAAUCGCAACACCUUGUUGUUCUUCAUGGGCAACCGCUUCCGAAAAGAGGGCGGAAAGAUACGUGAUUUACUAUUCCAAUUACUUGAAAAUGAAGAGGAUGUUAUAGUAAAGCAUGGAACACAAUCCAGAGUGAGUCGACGGGCUGCUACACAGGGGAUGCAUACGUCGAAGUUCUGCUUGAAUCCUGCUGGUGAUACUCCAUCAGCCUGCCGACUUUUUGAUUCUAUAGUUAGCAUGUGCGUGCCUGUGAUAGUCAGCGAUAGCAUUGAGCUGCCAUUCGAAGAUGUGAUAGACUACAGAAAGAUAGCAAUAUUUGUAGAAUCCAAUGCAGCUUUAAAGCCAGGAUUCUUAGUCUCAGUGCUGAGAGGAAUUCCCACUGAGAGAAUUCUGGAAUACCAGACAGAGCUGAAUGAGGUGAAGCAUUAUUUUCAAUAUGGAGAACCAAAUGGAACAGUAAAUGAAAUCUGGCGCCAGAUCGCACAGAAGCUCCCCUUUAUCAAAUUGACAAUCAACCGCGACAGGCGACUUGUCAAGAGGGAUUCGAAUGUGCGAGACUGCUCUUGUCUCUGCUCAAACCAGACCGGGAUUAUAACUAGCCUAUGAUACCACUCUCGUCAAUGAGAGACUAUUAAUCAGAUAACACUAUCUACUUCAAAGGAGGCUGCUCCACCUCUGUCAGUCAUUUGGAGCUUCAUAUUUUGAUCCGAAAACCUUGGAUCGACAAUUAGCCAUGAAGGUUUCGCUUAUGCAUCUUCGGAAGAGUGAUGAGCAGUCGGUGUUUAGUUAUAAGCUGCUGCUGCUUUAUGCUGGUUAUGACGAAGCUGAAUGACACACGCAGUUCGUUCUUUCACAGAUUGGGGUUUUCGAUACGGGGCCUUAAGCAAUUUGCUGUGGUUGUAGAUACCGUUGUUUUACUUGGUCAUGAAGAAUCAGCAGCUGGAAAAUUAAAAUUAAAUUACAUGUAACUUGUAAUUCAUUUGUACAUUGGUAGAUAAUAAAAAACAUGUUUGUUUCA